ACGUGAAGGUCUUGCUGAAGAACGCGUCCCACACUGAAUUCAGAUACCAUUUUAGUGUUUUAAACUCUUUUCAAUCUAUUAAACAAAAUGUCUUGCUGUGGUGGAAACAGUGGCUGCGGCUCUUCCUGGAAGUGCGGCGGUAGCUGCAACGGAUGCGGCAUGUUCCCUGAGUUGAGUUUCUCAGAGAAGGCACCAACCGCGGCCACUGUUGUUGGUGUUGCUCCUGUGAAGAUUUUGAUAAGGACUGUUAAGGAGUUAUUGGUGAGUUUUCUGCAAUUGUUUAACGAUCAUGCGUAUCCUAGGUGGGAAAUAUCAUUUCCUCUGGCAGGCAUAGGCCUAUAAAUUGCAAAUUACCCCUUAAUAAGUGCAACGUCCAAUAACCCAUGUUUGAUGAACAAUUAGGGUUUGAUCCAAACCGAAUUGGUUUGGACUUAAAAGUCAAUUCAGUUUGAUUCAAUUUGAUUCAAAUUGUUUACUCUA